AUGUGGGCAUAUUCCCUUGUGGAUUCCAGUCAAGUGUCUACUUUCCUGAUUUCUAUUCUCCUCAUAGUCUACGGCAGUUUCAGGUCUCUUAACAUGGACUUUGAGAAUCAAGACAAAGAGAAAGACAAUAGCAGCACAGCCGGGUCUUUUAAUGGCAACAGCACCAAUAACAGUAUUCAAACCAUUGAUUCUACCCAGGCGUUGUUCCUGCCGAUCGGAGCGUCUGUGUCUCUCCUAGUUAUGUUCUUCUUCUUUGAUUCAGUUCAAGUUGUCUUUACAAUAUGCACAGCAGUCCUUGCGACAAUAGCUUUCGCUUUCCUUCUGCUCCCGAUGUGCCAGUACUUAACGAGGCCUUGUUCACCUCAAAACAAGAUUUCCUUUGGCUGCUGCGGGCGUUUCACUGCUGCUGAGUUGCUCUCAUUUUCUCUCUCUGUGAUGCUCGUCCUCAUCUGGGUCCUAACUGGCCACUGGCUCCUUAUGGAUGCUCUGGCUAUGGGCCUGUGUGUUGCAAUGAUAGCCUUUGUUCGGCUGCCGAGCCUGAAGGUUUCCUGCUUGCUACUCUCUGGGUUACUAAUUUAUGAUGUCUUUUGGGUCUUUUUUUCUGCCUACAUCUUUAACAGCAAUGUUAUGGUGAAAGUGGCUACACAACCAGCUGAUAAUCCCCUUGAUGUUUUAUCCCGGAAACUUCACCUGGGACCAAAUGUGGGUAGAGACGUUCCCCGUCUGUCGCUGCCCGGUAAACUUGUAUUUCCAAGUUCCACAGGCAGCCACUUCUCUAUGCUGGGGAUCGGAGACAUUGUGAUGCCAGGUCUCCUGCUCUGCUUCGUCCUGCGUUACGAUAACUACAAAAAGCAAGCCAACAGCGAUUCCUGUGGUGCCCCAGGACCGGGGAACAUCUCUGGGCGUAUGCAGAAGGUCUCUUACUUUCACUGCACACUUAUUGGAUAUUUUGUAGGUCUAUUAACUGCAACAGUAGCUUCUCGUAUUCACCGGGCGGCCCAGCCUGCCCUACUCUAUUUGGUACCGUUUACUUUAUUGCCGCUCCUCACCAUGGCCUAUUUAAAGGGCGAUCUACGUCGCAUGUGGUCUGAGCCUUUCCACUCCAAGUCCAGCAGCUCCCGUUUCCUGGAAGUAUGAUGGAACAGACAGAAAGUGAUCUGAACUUCUGCCUUGGUCCUUUUCACUUUAACUUGUGGCUUUGUCGUCUCCGGAAGCUGGACUGGCUGGUACCUGGGAGGGUACCAGUUACAGGACUUGUAUGAAAGGACUUUGUAGUAAAAGGAGGAAAAGAAAAAGCAGCUCAGAUCCUGGAGCUCCGCGUGACUCCGUAUCUCCCUGCAGAUGUGGAACUGGGGACCCGUUGUGCGGCUGCAGCCACUUCCCUCUUUUCCUCGCUCGGAUGGAUUAGUACCAGACUAUUACCUUUGUGAGAGAGGAAGAGACAGACUUGACAACGGCUUGAAGUCGUUCAAAAACUUGUGAACACUAAAAGAAAAAAUGGUGAAGCAAACCGAAGCUUCUUCAGAGAACCCCUCCUGUACAUUGGGACCAGUUUCCUGCUGGACUUCGGUUUUGAAAAGAACUGAGACAGAAGGUCUUCUGUCAUGAUAUUGGGUUUUUUUGAUUUAUUAAAUAUUUCCUGUGGUGUGAGGUUACUUAUUAA